CCCUCCGAGCCGAGCCCCAUGGCCCCCGCCGCGCCCCGCGCCCCCCGCGCCCCCCGGCUCCCCGGCUCCUCCGCGCUGCUGCUCCUGCUCCUGCUCCUGGGCCCCGCGGGGACCGCAGGGGCGCCGGUGGUCGCCGAGCUGCGCUGCCAGUGCUUGCAGACCCUGCAGGGAAUCCACCUCAAGAACAUCCAGAACGUCCAGGUGACGCCCUCGGGACCCCACUGCGCCCGAACCGAGGUCAUAGCCGCGCUCAAGGACGGACGCGAGGUGUGUCUCAACCCCGAGGCCCCGCUGGUCAAGAGAAUGAUCCAGAAGAUCCUGAGCAAAGUCACACUGAAAGAUGAGAAAUUAAUCUGUUUGGAUCCUGAGGCUGAAUGGGUGAUGAUUAUUAUCAAAAAGAUUACCAACAGUGCUCCCAACUGAUGGUCACACAAGGAACGUCACAUCCUAUAUGGGUAUGGAGAGCCACUGGUAUCUGUGAGCUUGAACAUCCUCCAGAGUUUUCUUUGAAAGUAGCACCAACUUAUGCUAAUUUAUGACUAAAAUGAACUGCCUUCUUUACUCAUUCUGACAACUUAAACAUUGUUUUCAGGCAGGAGAUUGGCUACUUGUGUGGAAAUAAUGGAAGAAGAGGUAAUGAAAUUUCUAUUAUGUUGGAAGAAUAAUCUCCCAAACUCAUAUUGUAGGUGAGAGGUUUCCCUGUUAGGCUCAGUAUACUUUAAUGGAGUCUACCUCUUCCUUGGUGUACUUUACCACUUAACUUUUUAGUGGAUCUGGCUUUUGAUCAGACUUUUCACUCAACUCCAUCUUUGGAGAUUAUUAACAGUAUAUUUCUUGAUUAACUUAUCAACAUUCUGACCUUUGAUUGCUUGGACUUCUGAGUUCCAAAGGCUUUAACUUGCUCCCUAUUUUAGUCACCUACAACUUUGGAUGUCAGUAUAAAGUUGGGUUUACCUAUAGUCUUCAAAACUGAAAUACCUCUUUUAGAGAAAUUUUUUAUUCAUUAUAAAACCUAUGCAUUUAGUAAGAAGAAAAUGGGGUUUAUACACUUAUAUAGAAUUGUCUUAAUUUCUAAGAAUUUACUCUUAAAUAGAGCAAACCUAAUAGAUAGCAUCAGCCAAGUAAAGUAAUCCAACCCAGGAAACUGUAAAGUCAUUGAGUUGGAAGAGGAAGGGAAGGAAACUUAGUACCAUCUAGACCCAAGGAAAAUCACAAGGAUGAUGCCUCAGAAAGAUGAAAUGGAAAACACAGAGCUAAAGUUGUGUUCUAGUCAUUUAACUUCUUCUAGGUAGAAUUUCUGCAUAUGCAACACCAUAUUGAGUGAAUAAACAUAUUUCUUCUUUAUUAUUUCUGAAGGAAAAAAUGUGUUAACAGAUGAAUGAUGUUCUCAUGGAGCCAAUGAAUAGGAGUGCUGUUUCAGAAAAUGUCUUAGUCAGUUGGGGCUGCUAACAGAUUACCAAAUUACCAAAUUGCUAACAAAUUAGGCCAAAUUGUUGGCUUAAACAACAAACAUUUAUUACUCACAGGUCUGGAAGCCAGGAGUCCAAGGUCAGGGUGCCAGCAUGGUCAAGUUCCUGAGAAGGUCCUAGUUUAUAGAUGGCCAUUUCCUUGCUGUGUCUUCACAUGAUGGAAAAAGAGAGCUAGCUCUCUGGUCUGUUCUUUCUUUUCUUUUCUUUCUUUUUCUUUCUUUCAAUAUAAGGGUACUAAUACCAUACAUAAGGAUUCUACUCUCAUGACCCGGUUACUUUCCAAAGGCCCCCACCUCCAAAUACCAUCAUGUGGGGAUUAGAGUUUCAACAUAUGAACUUUGAAGGGACAUAAACAUGCAAUCUGUAGCAGAAAGGGAUUCAGUCCUUGGACAUUGGAGCCCUGAGGACUUUCUCUUGUCAUCUGUUGUGUCUUUAUCUCUCUCUGCUGACCUGGGAUUUUUCUCUUCUCUCUGAUUUUUGAGUCUUGAUGACAAGUCAUCUGCAAAAAGUAACAUACUUUCCCUUAUAUUCAAUUUCCAAUUCCUGAGUGAGAAGACCUUAUUGGCUAUAUGGAUUCAGGUGUCCACAAAGGUCCAAUGAACUGUGGCCAAGGGAUAAUAGUUAAAUAGUGCAAGCAAGGCCAUCUGGAACUUACACUGUUGGAAUGCAGAAACAGCUAAGUGAGAGUUUCUUAUGAACUGAAUCUUUCAAAGGAUCACUACGUGUGUGUCCUCACAUGUGACAGGGGAAAACAAAGAUGAAAGAGAAAAUGUAUUUCCUCAGGAGAAACUAUUGUACUUUCAAGAGGUGAUGUGCAUGUAUUGAAAGAGCCCUGGGCAAAAGGUCCAGAGGUCUAGGCUCUGCAAUUCUGUCUUAACUUCGCUGUACUCUUUUGUAAAUGUGAAAAUAUGGCAAACAAAAUAAAGUAUCUUCAUUCCUCACAGGAUUGUUAA